UCCCCUGUCCUUGUCCUGGGCUUGUUCCUUGCCUCUCACCUAUCUUCAGACACAACUCUGACGCUGCUGCCCACCAUGUCGGCUGCCCCCAGCCUCCUGCACCAGGAGCUGUCCUGCCCGCUGUGUUUGCAGCUUUUCGACGCGCCCGUGACCGCAGAGUGCGGCCACAGCUUCUGCCGUGCCUGCCUCAGCCGAGCUGCAGGGGAGCCGGCGGCGGACGGCACGGCGCCCUGCCCGUGCUGCCAGGCACCCACGCGGCCGCAGGCGCUCAGCACCAACCUGCAGCUGGCGCGCCUGGUGGAGGGGCUGGCACAGGUGCCGCAGGGCCACUGCGAGGAGCACCUAGACCCGCUCAGCAUCUACUGCGAGCAGGACCGCGCGCUUGUGUGCGGCGUGUGUGCCUCGCUGGGAUCGCACCGCGGCCACCGCCUGCUGCCUGCAGCUGAAGCCCACGCGCGCCUCAAGACACAGCUCCCACAACAGAAGCUGCAGCUGCAGGAGGCAUGUACGCGCAAGGAGAAGAGUGUGGCUGUGCUGGAGCAUCAGCUGACAGAGGUGGAGCAGACAGUGUGUCAGUUCCAGGGGGCUGUGGGGGAGCAGCUGGGCAAGAUGAGGGACUUCCUGGCUGCACUGGAGGGCUCCUUGGACAGUGAAGCGGAGCGUGUGCAGAGUGAGGCUGGGGUUGCCUUGCGGCGGGAGCUGGGGAGCCUGAACUCUUAA